ACAAUCCAGUCGUGGGGGCAUGAGGGUGACGAGAGAGAGAGAGGAGUGAAAUGCAUGCAUUAGAUAAAGCGACGUACGGCGCGGCAGAGUUGCAAGGACCCAUGUCCGGGUCGCCGUAACUGCACUAGGAACACUCGGACUCAUCCUUCCGGUGCAGGAUGUCAGAGAACAGGUUCAUAUCAGGUAAACUUGGCGACUUUACGCGAACUACACUACACUAUAGACUAACUAACCAAGACCGACGACAAGGCCUGGUUCAGUCUAGAACGUGACCAAACUCAGGUAAGGCGUAGUAUAAACACGCACACCCAUGGCGAAGAGGUUGGACCUGAAGCUGUCUCAAACGACUCCUGCCCAAGUAGGUAGGUAGAUAUCUAAUGGCUCUGCGCGUGGCGCCGCAACUGGGUUAGGUUCCUGUAGGGGGUUGUUUGCAGUUUACCCUGUGAGGGUUGUUUCUGCAAAGUCGUUCUCGAAUGGCACAUUCUUCGCCUUGCAUACUGGUAACAGCUUGGCUGCGCCAUAUUUGGCCUCUUAUCGCUGACCAACCGCCUUUGGUCGCCGCAUCAGUAGACAUUAUAGACAGGUCGUCACCCCCACAUAACAAUAUGUAACUGAUAGCAGAAUGUGAAUUCGGAAUCAAACCCACGAAUGAUAAUACUGCCAGAGUGAAUUCCCAGCCUUCCAUGGCUCCCCUCAGUGAAGAAGAGCUGGCUAGAGACCAAGCUCCUCAGUUGCUUGCCAUAUUCAUCAUCUUCACCGUCCUCCCUUUGAUUGCUGUUACACUGAGGAUAGUCGCACGAAGGGUUACACAUCAAAAAAUAGGACUCGACGAUUGGCUGAUUUUCGUGGCCGUUGCGCUGUGUAUCGUGCAACUCGCAUUCCUCAUUGAAGCAAUACUCAAUGGGUUGGGUAAACACAUCCAAGUGGUGCCGCCGGCGAGCAUCGCACCAUAUCUCAUGUACACGUACCUAAGCGAACUCUACUACGCGAUCGACGUUACGCUUAUAAAACUUUCGAUCCUAACACUCUAUCUGCGGCUGUUCAACGUCAAUCGGCAUUUUAAGAACGCGUGUUACGCCAUGAUGGUCUUUGUUCUAGCUUGGGGUAUUGCUGUCCUGUUUACAACUAUCUUCCAAUGCCAGCCUGUUACAGCUGCAUGGGACAAGACGAUUCCCGACUUCAAGUGCUUCAGUCUCUCCGCUUUUGUCAUUGGAUCGAAUGUACCGAAUAUCCUCGCCGAUGCCGUAAUCAUCGCUCUACCGUUGCCAUUAUUAUGGAGCCUGAAGCUGUCUACGACGCGCAAACUUGGCCUGAUCGCUCUGUUUCUUGUUGCGGCCAUUACCACUGUCAUUAGUCUUCUCCGCGUCAUAUUCAACGCCAAGAUUAACACAAUGGAUGCAACGUGGAACUUCAUCACCGUGGCUAUUCUCUCAACAGUUGAGGUUAACGUGGGGGUAACCUGUGCUUGUAUGCCUGUCAUAUAUCCACUCUUCCGCGUUUUCGUUGAUAGACGUAUUGUAUCCUCCAAAUCUCAAACGGGUUCGAAAGACGGAAGCUACGUCUACGGUAGACAGUCAUCUCGCACCCGACAGAGACUUGGAAGUUCGGAUCGGGAACAGUCCGAUACCAGCCAGCUGUGGUCAGCAAGUGGCGGCGUCCACAACUCUUCGAAAGAGGGAGAUGAAAUCCCGAUGAAUCGCAUUAUGGUUACGCGUGAUCUUAGCGUAUGGCCGCCACCAGUGGAGUGAUAGUGUUGAAUAAGGUUAACAAGCAUCUGAAGGAUUACGGUUUGUGACGAGGUUCAUUUGCACAGGUCGAUAAAAGUUGAAUCGCGUAUGUUUAAUGAUUAUAAGUGUAUUUUUACUGUAAUAAAGAAUCAUUUGAAUCCUGGGAGUAACGGGGGUAUCAUGCAUAAUGUUCUAUGAUAAUUGGUUUAACUCUAUGCGCGUUUAUUAUGAG